UGGUAAAGGCAAGUAAAGAAAUACCCGCCGCUGUUCAUCAAUGAUGUCGCCACGCGACGCUCCUGUCCAUCGAUUGUCAUCGCCACCACCAUCCUCCUCCAUCUCCGCCGGCCGCCACCGCCGCUGAUCCACCGCCGCUUCCGCCAUGUGCCACGGCCACCACCACCACCGGAGGCCCUUCUCCGACGACCACUUCGCCCCCGCGCGGGGCGCGGGGCCCCUCCUGAACGCCGACGCCGUGGCGGCGGCGGAGGACCUGCGGAGCCGCCUCGCCGAGACGGAGGCGCGCCUGGCGCGGGCCAGGGCCCGGGAGGCCGAGCUGAGCCGGCGGCUGGAGGAGAUGAAGCGCUUCGUCUCCGUGAUGGAGAUCCUCGAGACCUACCUGGCCCGGCGGUUCGCCGAGCAGCGGGAUCGCGUCGAGCGUCUCCUCGUGCCGUCGCCGCGCAACUAGAAGCUCGCUCUCCCUCGCCGCGGGGGAUUUCAACGCUCGGGGCAAUUCCUCUUUGUCCUUUCUGGGUUUGCUGUAUAGUUCGAUCUCCUUUUCUUUCUUUCUUUUUUUCUCCUCCUUCUUCUUGUGUUUUCGUUAUGCUUGAUAAGAAAGUAUGCAUAAACGCAAGAUAGUGUAGGAGUUUCAUUGCUCCAUCUGUUCCAACUGAAUCGAUAUCUCUUUUGGUUGUUUGAUGGGUCUCUAAAAUUUGGAUGUUGGGCAGAGAAUUGUUGAUCGGCA